AUGUUACGUUCUGUCAUUAUCGCGGCAGUUGUUAACGUAUUUUUGCCAGUGAACGACGCGUUGUCCUUAAAUAUGACGAAAAAUCUUAAAGUUGUUGUGUCUUCGAACAAUUAUCCCGAAAGUGGAUUGCAGAUUCUACGUGAACAUUUCACAGUUAUCAAGAGCCCAAAUACUCAUUUUGGCGAAGAAGGCGCUGUAAAUAAUAUGGAACUGCUCAAAUAUGUUCCUGGUGCAUCUGCUCUUGUAUGGAUCACUCAUUAUCCCAUCACGAAGGAAUUACUGGACGCAGCUGGUCCUCAACUUAAAAUGGUGGCCACGGUUUCCGCUGGUUACAACCACUGCAAUGUUCCGGAAUUGAAGGCUCGUGGAAUCAAGCUAGCGAACACACCCAACGUCCUGAGUUCUGCUGUUGCUGAAAUUGCUGUUGGAUUAAUAAUUGGGACGGCUAGACGAUUCACAGAGAAUUUAGAAAAUGUUCGUAGGGGUGAAUGGAUAUUAGAUUUCGACAAGGGUCUCGGACAAGACAUUAGAGGCAGCACUGUGGGAAUCAUCGGUCUCGGUGGUAUUGGACAGGCGACUGUUAAGAGGCUGUCCGGCUUUGAAGUUGGUAAAUUCCUCUACACCGGACAUAGAGAGAAACCAGAAGCCAAAGCCUUGAACGCCGAAUUUACAUCUCUCGACAAUCUGUUAAAACAAAGUGACUUUGUGGUAUUAUCCGUGCCAUUAACCGAUGAAACUCGCCACAUGAUCAACAGCACCACCCUCGGGAAAAUGAAGAAGAACGCCAUCCUCAUCAAUGUUGGACGUGGCGAUUUGGUAGACCAAGACGCCUUAUACGAGGCAUUGAAGAACAAUGAUAUUUACGCAGCGGGCCUCGACGUCACCACUCCUGAGCCUCUGCCGAAGGACCACAAACUUUUGUCACUUCCUAAUUUAUUCGUCCUACCUCACAUCGGUAGUGCGACGGUGCGCACACGCAACGAUAUGGCCGUGCUCGCAGCUAACAACGUCGUCAACGGACUUACCGGCAAACCUUUGAUUACUCCUGUCUUACCUUAAUUUAUAAUUAAAAGAGAAUUUACUGUAAUAAAAGCAAUUUUCUUGUGAUAUAAUAUAUAUUGUAUAUUUCUCAAAAAAAAAAUGUUAUAUAGAAAGAGAAACGUCAUAAAUUUUAUUCAAUAAUAGAAAUAUUUGAAUUAUUAAUAGUUUUUCAUAACGUAUUGUUGACUAAUUUUUCCGAAUUACAUACCUAAUAAGUUAUAUGCCUAUUAUGACUCUAUUAAUGCUCCCAAAAUUAACAUUCAUUAGUAUUUUUCAAACAAUUUACUGAAAAUAUAUUUUAAUUAAAGAAAUUUCGAAAUA